AUGGUCGGCGUGUUACCAGUCCUUCUAGCAGGACUUGCUAGUAGCGCAUACUCCCAGCUUACAAAGCCGACACGCGACAAAAGUGGUUACCACAAAGACGCUGGCGUUCUCAACUUCGUCAACCCCCUCAUCGGCACCUAUGGAACGACACCAAACGGCAAUGGCGGUAUGAUCCCAUCCGUUUGUCCGCCCUUUGGCAUGACGCGUUGGACACCUCAGACUCGCGAGAACUUCAUCUCGCAAGUCCCAUAUGGCGACAGCGAUCGUCUCAUUCAUGGUUUCCAAGCCACGCAUCAACCGGCAAUUUGGAUGGGUGAAUCUGGCCAAGUUGUCCUGACUCCUGGAAUGGGUGAAGUCCAGCCACUGUUCCAGAAUCGUGGCCUGAAGUUUCGGAAGAAAGAUGAACAUAGUACGCCUUAUGUAUAUGAAGUCCUUGUUAAUGCAACUCAGCUCAUGAACCGUGAUUGGAAUGCGACGGCGGACGCUGUUGGCGAUGGACCUGUUCCGGGGGUGCCGGCUCGGCGACACAUUGAGUCCAUCCAGCUUCAAGCUAGGGAUGACGAGGAGUAUGAGCGAUCUAUCCAGGUUGCGAUGUCCGCAGACUCCCAUGUUGGCCAUCUCCGUUUCGACUUUCAAAAUAGUGCUGGAGAUACGAAUGGUCAGGGCCAAGAGCCUUGGGUCUUUGUCCAAGCCUCGCGUCGAAACUGGACAGGUGAAGUCCACAUUGAUGCGAAGACCAAGGAAGUGUACGGGUACAACACUGAGCGUCAGGACUACCUCCUCGGCCCGAACAAAGCCCCAUCGUUCAAGGGCUACUUUGUGUCUCGAUUUUCCGAGCCCUUCACAGAAUAUGGCGUUGCAAAUGGUGGAUCCAUGAAGAAGAAUGAGGCCCAAAGACAUGGAAAUUUUACCGGAGCCUAUGUGAAAUUCGGCAACACGGUAUCUCGCGUCGAAGUGCGCACUGGAGUCUCCUAUGUCAGUGUCGCACAAGCAAGGAAGAAUCUUGAAAUCCAGGCUCCGGAUGGACAUUCUUUCGAGGAUACAGUGGGAAAAGUCAAAUCCGCCUGGCUCGAGAAGUUGGGCAGAGUCUCCAUUCAUGGAGUCAACAAGACGGACCCAGAGAAUGACCCACGCACAAUCUGGUAUACUGGUCUUUUCCACGCCCUGCAGUAUCCUAACGACUUUUCUGAGCCAACGGCGGACAAGGAUGGCGCACCGCGCAUCUUCUACUCGGGCUAUACAGAUAGUAUGCACACUGAGAACGAUUCAUAUUACCAGUCGUGGUCAAUCUGGGAUACUUACAGAGCGGAGCAUUCGCUGCUGACAAUAUUUGCCCCCGAGCGCGUGAACAGUAUGAUGCGCUCCCUUCUGCGCAUUUUUGAUUGGUCUGGUUGGUUGCCCAUGUGGGCCAAACUGGUCGAGACGAACAUCAUGAUUGCUACGAACGCAGACGUUGUGUUGGCAAAUGCACUGGAACGAGGGUUUAGAGGAUUUGAUAUCAAGAAAGCCUGGAAAGCCGUUAGAAAGGAUGCUUACACUCCGCCUGAUCAUGACACUGAGACUUUGUACUAUGACCGCGAGCCCGGAACCUCGUAUGAGGCACGGGCUGGUCUCACCUCUUACAUGAAGCAGGGCUGGGUAUCGAAUGAUGGCUGGUCCGAGGCCGGUAGUCGCACACUAGACUAUGCAUUUGAUGAUUAUGCUUGUUCCGUUGUCGCUACUCAUGCGGGGGAGCAAAAGGCGGCUGACGCGCUCAAGAUGCGCAGCGCGAAUUACGCACACACGUGGAAUAAUGAGACCCAGUUCAUGCAGGCUCGCAAUGCGAACGGCACUUGGGCCAAUAACACUUUCGGUUGGACGGAGGGUGACGACUGGGUUUACACAUUCGAUGUGAUGCACGAUGUGAAGGGACUCACUACGCUUUUCGGUAGCCGUGAAUUGUUCCAUGAUAAGCUGAAUGCGCACUUCGAGGGCGGUCAUAACGAUCAUACGAAUGAACCCAGCCACCAUGUGCCGUAUUUGUACUCUGCACUUGGCUAUCCCAGCCGAGCAGCCGAGGUUAUAAGAGAGGUUGCUUGGGCAAACUACAACGCGACCAGUGGAGGAUUGGGCGGAAAUGAAGAUUUGGGCCAGAUGAGUGCUUGGUAUGUCUUUUCAGCGCUGGGCUUCUAUCCCGUCAAUCCUGCCAGCGACGAGUAUAUUGUUGGCACGCCAUUCUUCGAACAGAUAUCUAUUCGUCUUCCCAAUGGAGCGAGCACUGGUGGGGCCGCUGGCGUCCAGGAGCGGACGCUUCAAAUCAGCGCACCCAACGCCACCACAAUGCCCUACAUUCGUGGGCUUAAGGUCGAUGGAAAGAGUAUCACAUCCCCCGUCUUAAAGCACAGUCAGGUUGUACGUGCCGCGAAGAUCGAGUUUGAGAUGAGUUCUACCCCUACUUCUUGGGGCAGCCAAUCAUUGUGGAAGAAUUGA